GGCGACGAUGCGGCGGGCAGUGAGCGUGGUGGCCCAUCUGGGCUUUCGCCUGCGGGCGCUCCCGUCGGCCCUGAGUCGUCAGCUCAGUAGCGCACAGGAUGUGCUCCACCGGACACCGCUGUAUGACUUCCACCUGGCCCACGGAGGGAAGAUGGUGGCAUUUGCGGGUUGGAGUCUGCCCGUGCAAUACCAGGACAGUCACAUGGACUCGCACCUGCACACGCGCCAACACUGCUCGCUCUUUGAUGUGUCUCACAUGCUGCAGACCAAGAUAUUUGGUUGUGACCGGGUGAAGCUGAUGGAGAGUCUAGUGGUUGGAGAUAUUGCGGAGCUAAGGCCAAACCAGGGGACACUGUCGUUGUUCACCAGCGAGGCUGGAGGCAUCUUGGAUGACCUGAUUGUGACCAACACUUCCGAGGGGUACCUGUAUGUGGUGUCCAAUGCUGGCUGCUGGGAUAAAGAUUUGGCCCUCAUGCAGAACAAGGUCCGGGAGCUUCAGAACAGGGGCAGUGACGUGGGCUUGGAGGUAGUGGAUAAUGCCCUGCUGGCUCUGCAAGGCCCCACUGCAGCCCAGGUACUGCAGGCUGGUGUGGCACAUGACCUGAGGAAACUGCCCUUCAUGACCAGUGCUGUGAUGGAGGUGUUUGGAGUAGCUGGCUGCCGUGUGACCCGCUGUGGCUACACAGGAGAGGAUGGCAUGGAGAUCUCAGUACCAGCAGCAGGGGCGGUUCGCCUAGCAACAGCUCUUCUGGAAAACCCCGAGGUGAAGCUGGCUGGACUGGCGGCCCGAGACAGCUUGCGCCUGGAGGCAGGUCUCUGCCUGUAUGGCAAUGACAUUGAUGAGCACACUACCCCUGUGGAGGGCAGCCUCAGCUGGACGCUGGGGAAGCGCCGCCGAGCUGCUAUGGACUUUCCUGGAGCCGAGGUCAUUGUUCCCCAGCUGAAGGGCAAGGUGCAGCGGAGGCGUGUGGGGUUGACGUGUGAGGGGGCCCCCAUGCGGGCACACAGUCCCAUCCUGAACGCGGAGGGCACCAGGAUUGGUACUGUGACCAGUGGCUGCCCCUCACCCUGCCUGAAGAAGAAUGUGGCCAUGGGUUAUGUGCCUUUGGAGUACAGUCGGCCGGGAACUCCGCUGCUGGUAGAGGUGCGGCGGAAGAGGCAGAUGGCUGUGGUCAGCAAGAUGCCCUUUGUCCCUACAAACUACUAUACCCUCAAGUGACGAGGGCUCAGAGCAGAGCCGUCCCCUUCAGGAGUCUUACCCAGGAGGGUGUACUACAAAGGGCUAGUCACCACUGUGGGUGGGAACAAGAGGAGGCGAUGGCUCUAGUCUGGUUGAGGGGGCCAUACUCUACCGAUUGCCUCCAACUUCAUGUUGACUCCAAUUUAGGACUCUAUUUCCAAGUGACUGACCAGCUCACCAAAUGCUGUUAUAGUCCAUGGUCCCACUGACCCCAUUCUCAUCUCAUGGAGGCAAUAAGUUCUGCUUCUGCCAUCUUGCCUACCCUGCCAGGUGCUGGCUGUAGAGCCAAGCCUCACCUUUGAAGGGAGGAUACACCUGCCUGCCAACCUACCUCACCAUGGUUUUUCACAAUGCCAAGGGUUGUUACUGUGGGCAGUGUGGGCUUAGGCCACCGCUUCCAGUUUGCUUUCCAUGAAUGCAAACUGCCGCCUCUCCCUGGGCAGGAAUGACUCCUGACUCAUGGGAUGGCUCAGUAGGGCUACUGUGCCUGUACUGUGAACUUGGAGGUGACAUGGGCUUGUUCUUCAACGUUGCCAGGUUGGCCUAGCCAUGGGUACAAACCAUGGCAGGCUCACCACCUCUUUUCAGUCCUAUGACUCUUGUAGGGCAGACUGGCUGCUUCCUGGACUGACCUUUGCCCUGGGGCCCAUUACUGGACAUUGACUCCUAAAAAAA